GGCCCCGCCGUCACCAAAAUUUCCUUUUCCUCAACCUCAACCCUCAACUCAAAUCCUUGAGGUUUCCUUAACUGAGAUUUUCCUCAAUUCGCCGUCACCAAACAGUCUGAGGAGUACCUCAGUUGAGGCUGAAAAUUCACACUCAACUCAGUUGAGAAAGUACACGAUUAAUUUCGGGUGAUUUCGCGGAAUAUUUUAUGUAAUGAUUUUACGUAAUAAAAUUUCUCUCGUCUGCAUUUGUGUUUUGUAAACAUGGCUGAAAAAGAUAUUUUAAGUUUGAUUUCGAGUGCAAAGAGGAAGCGGGGGGCUAACUGGUCCACUGAGGAGGAGAUCGUGUUGAUCGAGGAAGUUUUGAAGAACGAAGAGAAGUUAUUUGGAAAAAUGAAAGGGGCGGGGAUGAAGGGGAAACAUGUAAAACUGAAAGAAGAGACAUGGCAGUCUAUAACAGACACAUUGAAUUCGCAAUUUAGAAAUGAAAGAACCUCAGAAUCAAUUUCUAAAAAGUACGACAACGUAAAACAGAGAGCCAAGGAUAAGAUUGACGGAAUACGCCGUCCCAAGACAGGGGGAGGUCCACCAAUGCCACCACUGACCCAAGCUGAGGAGGUCCUCUAUCAAGCUAUGGACUCUAGACCCAACAUUGUAGGCGUGAUUGGCGGAAUUGAUUCAGAUGAACCACUGACAUGUUUUUCUGAACCUCAAGAGGAAGUAUGUGCUUCAGCCGCGAUGACAGGUGUCUCGAGUUGUGUAGCAAGUGGGAGCGGUGACGCCUCAAGCUCAUUUAGUGUUAGACGAUCUAUGGAGAAGAAGAAGAGGAAGACAAAGAGAGAUGUUGUCGAGGAUUUGGAAAUAGAAAACAUUAAGCUAGAAAACGCAAAACUUGUUCUAGAAAUGAAGAAGCUUGAACUGGAACAGAGAAAAUUAGAGGCAGAGGAAAAGAAAUUUCAAAAUGAAAAUCAUUUAAUUGAAUUAAAGAAAUCCUAUUUGAUUUGUAAACUAAAUGCGGAAUUUCCUGAGUGCAUGUUACAUGUAAACCCAGCUUGUAUGUAGUCAGGAAAGACCAAACACAUCUUCUCAAAAGAAAAAAAAAACGACCAGAAAUGAAAAAUAAUUUGAUCACUAAUGUCAUUGUCAUUGUUUUUAUCAGAUAUAUAGGACAUACUUCAGCUAAAUUGCCAAGUGGCAAUAUCUUCUUACCGACCUAUCCAUCUAUUAAUUCAUAUCUGUAUAUUGAAUUCUGAAUUUCCAGAAUCCAUCAUAAACCCAAUGUGUCAAUGAAUUACCUUUGAAAAAUCUUAAACCCUUGAUCCGGGAAGUAAACAAGAAAAGUAUAAGAAACAGUAAAGGUUACACAGCUAUUCAUUUUUCGAACAUUAUUUAACAUUUCAAAUGAGAUUCUGCUUUAACAUGUACAUGUAAUUCCAAAGUCUGUCCACGACCUGAAAUGAAAAAAAUAUAUAUAUAUCACUAAUCUACAACUGUAAUAUUGAAUAUACAUUUGUAUAUACUGAUUGAGCUUUGGGGUAAAUGGUGCAAAAUUCUGCAUUCUGAGCUUCCCUUGGCACUCCUUUUUUCACUUUCAAAUUGUCUACGUCUUAAACAAAACUGUUCUGUUACAUAUAUACAUGCACUUUUUAAGAAUUCUUAAGUGAUACUUGAAUGCGACAAAAAUAUGGUAAAUGUAUAUCAGUGGUCUUAUUUAUCCUAGAAUUAAAUGAUAUACUGUUGUUGAUGAAUUUAAGUGAUGUAAGUAUCCACCUUUCAUAUUAUUUUGACUCAAAGGCUCGUUAAAAUUGAAUAGCUCUUGAACAUUUUGAUCCAUAAAAAAUGGGACACCCCCCCCCCCCCCUCUUGGUGAAUUACACUGACAGUUUGGGGGGAAAUUAAUUUAAACGUAUAGGUGUUACAGAUAAGUUUGGUAAAAUUUUAAAUGCAAUACGUACCUCUACCCGAAGUACGUCUGUGCGAUAUAAUCGCGCAUGCGACUUCCCUCUGGAGAAUUGCACGCAACUUGGUGAGCGGUUUGGUCAAAUGCGCCCAUUGGCUGGUCUUGUCUGUCCAUCACAUCACCAGUCUCAAUGCUGAGAUUGUGAAGAAUGACACAGGCCACGACGUACGCCGCUGCCUGUUCCGGGGUAGUUCUAAAAUUGAUAGUUUCACAUAAUGACUGAAGUUACUUUAGAAAUUACAUACAUUAUAUUAUGUGUGUGUGUGUCGGAUCUAACAUCUAAUUUUAAUUAGAUUGGUGUGUGUGUGUGUGUGUGUUAUGUAAGCUCACUUGCCUCAGUGUUCCAUGAAGGCAGGAAAACCUUCGUUUCAAAAUGCCAAAACUUUGUUCAAUGAGCACUCUCGUUCGACACAGGGAUGCAUUAAAUCUUUGAUGAGUGUUUGUCUGUGGGUUUAGGUAUGGUGUCAUUAAAAAACGUCUGCAGGGGUAUCCAGAAUCGCCCAACAAAAUACCAUUGUGUUCACCUGAAUAUACAAGUGUUUCAUAAUUAAAUUUAAUUAUAAUUUAAAUAUUUUCAAUUUAUUUUAUCAAAUAACUUUUACGAAAAAAUAAAAAUGUUUACCUCUUUCAAACUGCCGACAAAGGGAGGAUUCCCGCCAAAUUCUACUGUCGUGAACACUGCUGGGCCAGCUGGCACACACACUCGUAAAUUUGAAGUUGGUGUCACAAACCAUCUAUUCAUAAUUUGAAACUCAAACUUUUCAAGGGGACUGAUAAGUUGCAAAUUUAUUACAUACAUAUAUGAUAUUGAAUAUUUUCUAGUUCUGGCACUUCAACAUUUGAUGCUUCUAAUGUAAGAUGCAGAUCGCAGACUUCCGUUUCAUAAAAGGGGGGGGUGUCACAAAAAAUAAUAUGUGCAUUUUGAAUGUUCUGCAUUUUUCUGUGAAAUUUAUACCAAAGGAGAAAGUAAUAAAAUACUGACCUGAACAUUCAAAGAAUGAAACCCCUUUCUAUUCACGAAAUCCGGUUCGUUUUCAGAUGGAGCUAUGAUUCUUAUAAACGUUCCAUCAACGCAGCCUAGUGUGUUUGGGAAUUCUGUGUUAAUUUAUAAAUUCAAAGUUUAUUUUUUUUUAAAAACUAAUGCAUAUAAAAAAGACAGAUAUUUUAACCCCGAUCCCCACGGGACUUUUCAUAAAGGAAACCAAUGAAAA